UUAUGAGCUUGCCUGAUUGUAAUGUUUUUGGUUUUUGGCUGGUCACAGGCAACCAUUAUUACUGGAUUAUUUCUUCUGCAAAACAGAGCAGUGGAACAACACCAAAGGGGAGCAGCUAAUGGAAUUGCUAUGACCGCUAUGUCAAUAUUUAAAGCAGUUGGCCCUGCUGGAGGUGGUGCAAUAUUAACUUGGUCCCAGAAGAGGUUAAAUGCUUCUUUCCUCCCAGGAUCUCACUUGGUGUUCUUUGUCCUGAACCUAGUAGAAGCACUUGGAGUGUUGAUGAUGUUCAAACCAUUUCUGGCCGAGAAAAAGACAGCCCCAUUAGAACAGUUACAAUGAUAUCAGUGAUGACAUAAUGUUGCUGCUGAAACCUCAAGUGAUGAAUAAUGAAAGCAACAUCCAUUAAUUUUUGAGAUGCUUUCGUGAAGGAGGCGACGAUGACGACGAUAAUGAUGCUUCGGCUGAUAGCAGCCAGCAAGAUCAGUGAGUAGACGAACAUAACUUUGUCCAGCCUGCAGGCUUUCCUUCUUACCCUUCACAGACUUCUCUCUCAGAAGCCGGGAACAAGAAAACUAACUAAAAAGAGGGACAGAAAAGUGGAAAGAGCAAGAAAAUUAGAUUCUUCAUGUGGAUUCUUGUGUUAGAAUGGAAUCAUUUAACUCAGAAAUGUUUGUGAUAAGUUCAUUGUAUUGUUGUCUAUUUAAUUGUAAUUUUUUUUCCGUGGGCAAGGUAAUGGUUAUUUAAUAUUUAUUAUGGAAACAAGGUGGUCAUUGUAGUAUUUAUCGUCUUAAUAUUAUAUUGAAUGGAAUUUGAGUCUCA